AUGUUUAAAUCCUUACAGGCCCGCAGUGCCGGUAUUGCAACAUUUGCGAUUUGUGGCUUUGCUAAUCCCAGUUCGCUGGGUAUAUUAAUUGGUUCGUUGGGUGCUAUGGCACCAAAACGUAGAGGUCUCAUAACAUCAGUAGCUUUUAGAGCUUUCAUUGUGGGCAGUAUAGUCUGCUUUAUGUCCGCCAGUUUUGCCGGCAUAUUAAUGCAAAAUGAAGAGGAAGAAGCAACCUAUGAUCGUAUAAUAAAUUCAUUGCAACGCAAAAAUAUAACAAUAGCUUUAUUUCAAAAGCAAUAAUGAUACUUAAUUAGUUUUAAGUAAAUUAUUUUAACUGUGAAUGUAUUAUUUAAAAAAAAAAAACCUUGCCGUUUUAUUUUUAUAAUUUAGUUUUAAAGAUAGUUUUAUUUUAUAAGUUAAAAAUUGUGUAUAUAAAAUUUAAGUUUAAUAUAAUUUUAAUAAUAAACAAAACAAAAACUCUUUUAUAUGUAUAA